AUGGUGACAAAAACAUUCCUUCUUCUUCUCUUUUGUUCCUUGAUCAGAUGCUCAACAUCCAACGACACUCUUCGAAGAGGCUCCUCGCUAUCUGUCGACGAUGAUUCACACCUCAUAACCUCCCCAGACAACUCUUUUACAUGUGGCUUCUAUUCCUUCCAAACAAAUGCUUACUGGUUUGCAAUAUGGUUCAAGAACUCCAAGGACCGCACCGUCGUUUGGACGGCCAAUCGCAACAGACCUGUUAACGGUCGUGGCUCAAAGGUGACAUUUCGGAAAAAUGGAGUCAUGGUCUUGACUGAUGUGGAUGGCAUGGUCGUGUGGGAGACCAACACAACCUCGACAGACGCAAACUACGCGGUGCUGCUUAACACAGGUAAUCUUGUAAUGAAGAACCAAAAAGGGCAGAUUAUUUGGCAAAGCUUUGACUAUCCAACUGAUACUCUUUUGCCUUCCCAAACACUAACAAAGAGCAAAAGCUUGAUAUCUGCUUCCAGAAAAGAAAGUGUUGAAUCUGGGUAUUUUAGAUUGAACUAUAAUAACAUUAACGUUUUAACGUUAAAUUACGAUGGCCCAGAAGUAUCAAGUGUGUACUGGCCUAGUCCUAAUCCCGGGUUUAAUGUUUGGGAUUUCGGAAGAACCUCAUCGAACAGUAGCAAAGUUGCAGUCUUUAACGAUUUUGGUGUGUUUAAUUCGAGCGAUGGGUGGAAUUUUAGCGCUUCAGAUGCGGGUUUUGGGAUAAGAAGGAGGCUAACCAUGGACUAUGAUGGUAAUCUCAGAAUCUAUAGCUUGAAUGACUCAACUGCAUUAUGGUCGAUUUCGUGGCAAGCUAUUGCACAACCAUGUGAUGUUCAUGGAAUUUGUGGGAGAAAUGGGAUUUGUAUCCAUGGAGAAAAAGCACAAUGUUCAUGUCCACCUGGUUUUGAAUGGAAUGACCCUACCGAUUUAACUCAGGGUUGUAACCCACCUUUCAAGAAAACAUGUGGAAACUCCUCAAGGUUUCGAUUUCUGGAACUACCAAAAACAGAUUAUUAUGGCUUUGAUUUGAAUAGAUCACCACCCAUUUCCUUUGAAGCUUGUAGGGACCUCUGCUUGAGAGAUUGCAGAUGUGAAGCAUUCAAUUACAGGAUAACAGGUGAAGGUUCUUGCUAUGCGAAAAGUGCUCUUUUCAACGGCCUACGGUAUCCUAAUUUUCGAGGCACGACCUACUUGAAAGUGCCAACAAGCAUGGAAACCCCCGAGUUUUCCUCAAUCUUUACAUGCACAGAUGCCCCAGUAGUCAUGAUAGGAUCUCCAUCCAUGUACGAAUCACCCGACAAAAAGGUGAAAUGGAUCUAUCUAUACUCGAUCGCUAUAGCCAUUGGUGUGGUAGAAGCUUUGCUUAUAUUAUUGGGGUGGUGGGUUUUCUUUGGAAAUAAUGCAUUAGUAGCGAGCUUAGAAGACGGGUAUCGCAUGAUAUCAAGUCAGUUCCGGGGUUUUACUUAUCAAGAACUGAUAAAGGCAACAAAUAACUUUAAGGUUGAGAUAGGCCGAGGCGGCUCGGGGGCCGUGUAUAAAGGGGUUUUAGAAGACCAAAGGAUGGUGGCUGUGAAAAGACUCGGAGAUGUGAGUGAAGGAGGCGAGUUUUGGGCAGAAGUGAGCACGAUAGGUAAAAUCAAUCACAUGAAUCUAGUACGAAUGUGGGGAUUCUGCUCGCAGAAGCAACAUAAACUUGUCGUAUACGAGUACGUGCAGAAUCUUUCUCUUGACAAAAGACUCUUCUCCUCGAGUUUUCUUCAGUGGGAACAAAGGUUCAAUGUUGCCAUAGGCAUAGCGAAAGGUUUGGCUUAUCUUCACCAUGAGUGCCUAGAAUGGGUGAUUCAUUGUGAUGUAAAGCCGGAAAACAUUCUUUUAGAUGCUGCUUUCGAACCCAAGAUUGCUGAUUUCGGUCUUGCAAAGCUGUCUGAGAGAGGUGGACAAAAUUCAAAGUUCACUAAGAUCAGAGGGACGAAAGGCUAUAUGGCUCCGGAAUGGGCUCAUAACCUGCCUAUCACAGCAAAGGUCGACGUGUAUGGCUAUGGGGUCGUGGUUUUAGAAAUGGUAAAGGGAAUUCGACUUCCUAAUGUCAUUGUUCAAGGAGAAGAGGAAGAAUCAGCGCUAAUGAGGUUUGUAAGGUCAACGAAAAGAAAGAUUCUAAAAGGAAAAGAGUUAUGGAUCGAAGAGAUUAUGGAUCCGAGGUUGGGAGGGUUAUAUAGUAGGAAGCAGGCUGCAAAACUCGUUGAAAUUGGUAUUGCUUGUGUGGAGGAAGACAGAAACAAAAGGCCAACAAUGGGUUCGAUAGUCCAAGUUUUAAUUAAUUGCGAAUCUGAGUUGUUCUACAAAGAAUAGGACA